AUUCUUAAUAGUUAUUCUCCCUCAUUUUUAGCUUGCGGUACGAUCGCCGAGAAUAAUAAAUAUCUCUUCCCCGAAGAAAGGGUUCGUUCGGUUGCUCCUGCCUCGAUUGAGAAUGCCCACGCCGAUAUGAUCCGCCCACAACCGUGGCCCUGGAGCGGAUUCUGCUGCGUUAUCUUCGACGGUUCAAAAAUCAAUACGAAAUUGAGAAGCGGAGAAAAACUCACACCAAUUUGAACCCAGCCGGGCCACUACACUUCAAAGUGCACUGAAUUGCUAAACCGCAACAACCACGAUGCCUACCUCGGACCCCUGAAAGUUUAAAAAAUGCCAACCGGUGUUCCCUCGGAUCGAUCGCCACAUGGAUUCGACCGUUAAUCUCUACCUCGACUAGUAGGGAGGCAGCUUCGCUGUGACCAUUAUGAAAACGCCGGACUACCGAGGAGAAAACAUUCCUGAGAAUUGUUCCUUCUUCACUUUGUCCUAUCCAAACAAUCAAUGGAGGAUUCUGGUGCAGUGCAACCAAGUAGUGUGGCCAAAAUCAUCUUCAUUCGAAAUAGAACUGCCGGAGUCUCACGUUUCGGAAAAAUCUGGACGAAGCACCAGAAGAGGGUGCCGAAAUAGAAACGAUAGAGAAGAAAUGUGCCAACAUAUUAUCGGAGUUUUCCAACGCGGUUGCGAUCGGUUUCGCCGAGGAUGUUUUCAUCAGAGAUAAUCUGUUCUGCGACUACUGCCAACCAACAGGAUAUGGUGAAGAUCUUCGAGAAUGCGACCAAGUCAAAACGAUUACUGUGAGUAAUAAAAAGGACCUCUGCGUUGAUAUUACCGAAACGGAUUUGUUUGUUAAUGUAAACAUAAAACAUUUCCGGAAAAUAAUGAAAUUUACUAGAUAUAUAAAGUGCUUAUCCGCAUCGGGAUAUUCGACCUGUGUGCUUUUUGAAUGUUUUCAGAUUUGUUUCAAUAAAUUAAUAACGGCAUUCAAAGAGACAAAACAUUUCCCGGUCUUGUACCAUCCGGAUCUCUUGCGAACACCAGCUUUAUAUGGUUGUUGUCCGAGAUCCUCACAACAUGCCAUGCCCAACGUAUCCUUCCAACUUUUGCCACCUUCCGGUUCGCCAUAGAGUGUAGCGAGCUCGUGGUUCAUUCUUCGCCGCCACAUACCAUUCUCCUGCACACCGCCAAAGAUGGUCCUAAGCAAAUUGCGCUCGAACACUUCGAGUAAUUGCAUAGUUCAGGUUUCGUGCCGGUAGAAAACCACAGAUCUUAUCAGCUUCAGCGUUUUGUAUUGUCCGUGCAGUUGAAAAUCGGAAUUUUCGACACGCGAAAAUCGAAUUUUCUCCUAAACCGUGCGUCGGACGUACGUCGGGCAAAGUGCGCUGUAUGAAGGGCCAGAUCCGCUGCCCAGCGCACUACGUCCGAAGUUAGGUUUCACGUAUGGAUUUGGAGAAAAACCGAAUGUCGUGUGUGGGAAAACUUCGGGUUUCAACCGCUACGACAAUAUAUGGUACAUUUGAUGCGAGGGUGAAUCUUUUUCGACCGCAAAUUCUUGCGAAGCUCAUAGUUUGCCCGACAUGCACUGAUGAUGCGCCUUCGUUUUUCAAGGCUAACGUUGUUGCCUGCCGUUUAUAAGGAGGGUUUCUCAAGGAAUCCAUUUUGAGAUUCCUUUGGGAAAUCUUUCAGGAAUUUUCUGUGAUUCCUCCAGGAGUUUUUUCUGGAUUUUUUUUUGAUUUUUUUUCUAGGACUCUUCCAGUAAUUUCUUCUGCUAUUCCUCGAAAAAUUCUUCUUUGAUUCGUCCUAGGAGUUCCUUCUGGUAUUUCCACAGGACUUCUUUCUGAGAUUCUUCCUGAGGUUCCUUCAGGAAUUCAUUCGAUGAUGUUGUCAAGAGUUUCUCCUUGGAUUUCUUAAGGAAUCAAUUCUGAUAUUUCUUCGAAAUCUCUUUGUAAUUUAUACAAGAAUUCCUUCCGGGAUUAUUCCUAAAGUGCUUUCUAAGUGUAGAAUUUGCUUAUAAGUUGAAAUACACGUUAAUAAAAACAAAAAUUAAAAGGAUGCUUUCUGAGAUCCCUCCAAGAGUUCCUUCUGGGAUUCGCCCAGGACUUCUUUCUGCGAUGUGUAAUGUGAAAUACAACAAUGAAUCAGCAGAAGAUUAUUUUACUAUAGUCCUUAAUCCUUAUACGUGAGAGCUCUUAAGCUCGAUAAUGUUCGGAUACCGCAAGGCAAAGAAAGUCUUUCUCCAAUUGAUUCCUCUAGGGAUUCCCCAAGUACUUCUUCCUGAAAUUCAUCCAGAAAUUUCUUCUGAGGUUCAAGAGUUUCUUCUACAACUCCCCCAAAAAUCAUUCUGAAAUUCCUCAAUAAGUUUUGUUAAAUACCCACUCUGAAUUUAAUCAAAAUAAACCGAAUUCGGAUAGGUCGUCUGUGGAGAGUGCACUCUGCUCGAAAGCUCUAGCUGGCUGUAGGUGCAGAUUCUUAAAAAUACUACGAAUUCUAUGUUAAGAAUCCAUCUGCGAUUUAUUCAGGAAUUCCUUCUGAAAUUCGUCCAGGGACUCAUUGCAGGAUUCCUACAGGAAUACCUCCAGUAAUUCCUGCAAAUCCUCUCGUGGAAUUAAUCCUAGGAUUCCUCCAUGAAUUCCUUCUAGGAUUCAUAAAGGAAUUGCUUCUGGGAUUCUUUCUGAAAUUCCACCUGUGAUUUCUCCAGGAAUUCAUCUUGGGAUUCUUUCAAAAAUUCUUCCUGAAAUUGCUUCUGGAAUUCCUUCUAGCAUUGUUCUUGAAAUUUCUCCUUAGAUUCCUCCAUGGAUUCCUUCUAGGAUUCUUACCAAUAAUUCAUCUGGGAUUCCGUCAGGUUUUCUCAAGGGAUUCCUCCUGAGAUUUCUCAGAGAAAUCCUCCUAGGAUUCUUUCAGGAAUUCCUACCGAGAUUCCUUAUGGAAUUUCUCCCGCGAUUCCUCGAAAAAUUCCUCCACGAAUCCUUCCAAGAAUUUCGCCCGGGAUUCGUCCAGGAAUUUUUCCUUGGAUUUCUCUAGAAAUUCCUUCAGGAAUCACUUCUGGGAUUCCUCCAGAAAUUCCUCGAUGGAAUAGCCUCAAGUAUUCCUUCAUGAAUUUAUCCUAGGAUUCUUUUUCUAAGAAUCUUUCAAGAAUUGCCCCUGGAAUUCCUCCUGAUAUUCCACCAUGAAUUCCUUCUGGGAUUCCACAGAAAUUGCACCUGUGAUUCGUCUAAAAUUCCUCCUGGGAUUCCUCCAGGAAUUCCUUUCGAGAUUCGUCCCAGAAUUUUCCCGGUAUUCCUCGAGGAUUUCUUCCAGGAAUUCCUCCACGAAUUCCUCAUGAGAUUUCUGUAGAAAUUCCUACCAGGAUUCUCCCAGGAAUUCCUCUAGGAAUUUCUCUUGGCAUUGCUCCAGGAUUUUUUUUCUUGGACUCCUCCAGGAAUUUCUCCUGGAAUACCUUCAGAAAUUCCUCCUGGGAUUUCUUCAGGGAUUCCUCUUGAGAUUCCACCAGAAGAUCCUCUUGAGAUUCAUUUAAGAAUUUCUCUUGGUAUUCUUCCAAGAUUUGUUCUUGGGAUUCCUCCAGAAACUUGUCUUGAGAUUCUUCCAGUAAUUGUUUUUGGGAUUCCUCCAGGAAUUCCUCUUGGGACUUCUUCAAGAAAUUUCCCACGAGAUUUCUCAAGAAAUUUCUAUUCCAGGUAUUCCUCUUGGCAUUUUUCCUGGAAUUCUUCUUAGGAUUCCUCAAGAAAUACCUUUUGGGAUUUCUCUAGGAAUUGCUCAUGGGAUUUUUCUAGGCAUUCUUCCUGGGAUAUUUCUUGAAACUCCUCCUAGGAUUCUUCCAAGAAUUUCUCCCGGGAUUCCUUCAGAAAUUCCUCCUGCGAUUUCUCCAUGCAUUCCUUCUAGGAUUCUCUGUCUUCUCUCUUCUAGGCGUAACGUCCUCACUGGGACAAAGCCUGCUUCUCAGCUUAGUGUUCGAACCCGUCACCCUCAGCAUGGUCAUGCUGAAUACCCGUGCGUUUACCGCCUCGGCUAUAUGGGCCCUAUGGAAUGCUAUUCAGCUUAAAAAUAAGCUUCGAUAAAAUCGAAAAAAAAAUGAAAUUUGACCUCAAAAGCGAUUAAUUAUUAAAGAAAUAUUAGUACCUGUGGACCAAUUUCUUUAGUAAUAUUUUUAUGUAUUUUACUUACUAUGAGACUUGAACUCGGGUUUUCCUCGUUGAAAGCCGGUGCCUUACCAAUGCUCCAUGCAUGCGUUGUUGAGCACUGAGGGAUUUUAGUCAAAGUGCUGAUUUCAUUUAUUAGAGCUCAAACAGGUUCGCAUGCGAACUUGAAGUUGUCUGCGUGAACCAGAAUUAACCGCAAAGUUCAAAAGAAGUUUACGUGGAACUUCUUGUGAACUUGCACAGUUUGACAUUUUCAGUUUGUUUUGGUCGGCAAGUGGUAAAAGUGCAAAGCAAUAAAUUAGUGCCUAAUUCGGUCGUUGGCACCAGCUUAUCAGUUUUUAAUGACCAUGAUUGCGUUGAUUAUCAUCGCGUGGACACUGGAAGUGAGAGUGAUCGUCAAGAAGCAAAUCUGGAUGGGUUUAUUCGCAGCCGAGAAAAUAAACUCCUGCGGAAUUGUGGUCCCAUACAGGAGCCGAGACGGGAGCAGUCUUUUAGCUACAUAUUACAGAUUUCUUUCGUUAAUUACAGUUAGGUACUGAUGAAAUAUAAUAGUGAAACAAAGUGUACUUGCGAAAUUCACGCAAGAUGUGGCCGACGAGCUCAAUUCCGAGUAAUUUAAUUGAAUGCGAACUUCUCCCGAGCUACGCUGUCUCCGAAGUUCAAAAGAAGUUCACAUUUGGUACGGCUAAUAUUUAUACGAACUUUAAGUAGUAAGUUCAAAACAAGUUCGGAACGGAACAUUUCAAGUUGAUAUUAUAUGUCUAAUUGAACCAAAUUUGAACUUUGUAGGAACACAAAAAUCCAACAAGAGUUCGAUUAAAAUUUGAUUGAAUUUUGUUCUAAAGUUCAAAGUAAGUUCUUUCUGAACCUCUUUUCGACUUUAAUGUCGUUUUGAAGAGAAAUCAAAAGCAUGUUCAUGUACUUCCAAGUUCAUAAAUAAUACAGGUGUAACUUUUUUGAGAAUCAAGUUCGACGAAGCCAGAAUUGAACUAAAUUCGAACUUCUGAGUUCGCUCUUCAAGUGAAAUCCGAACUUUUGGUUGCUUGGGAGUACAUCAAAUAGCAGCUUUUGUAAUAAUGUCUUCUUCUUUAUGACUUGACGUUCGAAUUGGAACUUGGCCUGCCUCUUUUCAACUUAGUGUUCUUUAGAGCACUUCCACAGUUAUUAAUUGAAGGGGUUUCUUUGCCUGCCAUUGCAUGAAUUUGUGUAUUGUGAGGCAAGUACAAUGAUACACUAUGCCCAAGAAGUCCAGAAAAUUUUCCCGACCGGAACGGGAAUCGAAUCCGCCGUUUCCGGAUUGGCGAUCUAUAGCCUUAACCACUAGGCCACCUAAAGAUCCUUUUUUGAUAACACGAUGAUCGAUUCGUAAGAACAUAGCAGACCAUAUUUUAGAUAACCGGUAAUGUCCCGAAACCAGUUCUGGGUGUCCCACUGGAAGUGGUCAAAUGUAAAAGUGAUCUGUACCCAUGCAUAAGAUAAAUCAAAUCGUGUUUUUUUUUGGUAACCUAAUGAACGUUAGCAAUGAAAUAGUCUCAGACUAUAUUUGGUCGGCGUUAAGUCAGAGAGGACUACGCAAUUUUUUGGGCUGGUAAAGAUAACCCAAGCAGAAGGGAAUAACACCAGCAUAAGGAGGUGUGUUAUUUGGGCAAAAUAACUGAAUAAUAAAAUCGAUUAUUUUAAAGUUAUUACCAUAACAUAUUGUGUUAUAAACUUGUCUGUUAUAAGCGGCAAAAUAACAAAUUCCAUAACAAAAAAAUGUUCCUGAAAAACCAUUUCAAUAACUUGUUUUGUUAGUUUCAAUAACAACUUAAUAACAGUGAAUUCGGAAAAUAUUUCAAUAACAAAUUUUGAUAUCAAUAUGUUAUUGAUAACAAUCGGAGAGCAAAAUUUGCUAUGAUAUCAAACUCGUUACUAAAUAAUUUAUGAUAUUUAUUAUAUAAAAUUAUUCGCUUUGUCUCACAAACCCGCCAGUAACAUGAGGUUCAUCACUCUGACGUAAGAAAUAUUUUCAAAUGAUCGAAAAAUACUAUAUUCAGCUUUUAAUUCAUUCUAAGAGAUUUGAAGUCGCAAGAUAAUCGUACUUUAGUAUUUUCUAUAUUAUCAAAUACGACGAGCUUCGAUUUCCACCUGUAAUUUAUAAACUGUUAUACUUUAAUUGUUUUCGGAACACGUGUAACCUUUGUUUUUUUUUCAGCAUAGAAACUGAAGAAUUUUUAGAAUGCUCAUCAGUUUUGCAGAAAUGUUUAGGAAUAUUGGAAAUAUUGUACAGAUUAUUACAAUUUUCCUGGAAAGAUUAUUUGAAUUCCUCCGAUUUUUCCCUGGAUUCAAGAAUUAUGUCGAAUAUUCCUCCUGGAUUCUACAAGAAUUCCUCCAAAAAAUUGCUAUAAUUUCUCUUGAACUUCCUCUGAUGAUUCUUACAGGACUUUCACCAGAAAUUUUUGCAAUAUUUUUUUCUAAAAUUCCUCUAUUUAUUUCUUUAAGGAUUCCGUCAAAAUCUCCUUUUAUGUUUAUCAAAUGACUUUGUCAUAAAAUUCUUCCAAAAAUUUGUCAACAGAUUUGGUCAUAAACUUUUCCAUAAAUGACUCCAAAAAUCUUCCAGAAAUUUCUCCGAGAGUUCUUUGACGGAAUCUUUCAUGGUUUUUUAGAGACUCCUCUAGAAAUUCCUCCAGAAUCCUGCAUAGAAUCUCUUCAAGGGUUUCUUCAGAAUUUCCUGUGACCAUUAGUCCUGAAGUUCAUCUUAAGGUUUCUCUGAAAAUUUCUUUGAGGAUUUCACCAUGAGUUUUACCGAAGGAAAUUUCUCUAGUUUUUUCUUGUAAAUUCUUUCAGAAAUUCUUUCCAGGAUUCUUCCAUGAAUUGCUUCUGGAAUUCUCCUAGCAAUUCAUUCUAGCAUUUUCCAGGAAUUCUUCCUUGGAUUCCUCCAUGAAUGUCUCCAGAGAUUCUUCCGUAAAUUCCUCCUAGGAUUCCUUCUGAGAUUUUCCAGGAAUUUAUUCUUGUAAUCUUUGAGGAAUUCCUCCUGCACUUCCUCCAGGUAUUUCUCCUGGGUUUUCUCCAGUAAAUCCACUUGGUAUUGCUCCAGGGAUUCCUCUUGGGAUUUCUUAAGGAAUUCUCCCUGAGAUUUUUCUAGUAAUACCUUCCGGGAUUUCUCGUGAAAUUCCCUCAAAAAUUUAUUCGAUGAUUCCUUGAGAAUUUCCUCCUUUUAUUCCUCCACGGAAUUCUUCUGUUUCCAGCAUUUUUUCCUGGGAUUUCUUUCUAGAAUUCCUUCAGAGAAUUCCUCUCUGGAUUCAAUCAGGAAUUCCCCCGGGAUUCCUCCAGGAGUUCAUCCUGCAGUUCCUGCAAUUCUUCUAGUGAUCUAGCAGAAAUUCUUCCCAGGAUUCUUCCAAGAAAUUCUGCUGGAAUUUUUCUAGGAUAUUUUUCUUCGAUUCCUCCAGGCAUUCUUACUAGGAUUCCUCCAAGAAUUGAUCUUUUAAAUCUGGGAUUUCUUCUAGGAAUCCCCGGAAGAUUUCCUGGUGAAUUCCCUAGAGUAAUUCCUAAAGGAAUCCCAGAAGGCGCUGUCUAUAAACUACGUAGACUCAUUUUUGCUGGAAAAAUUCCAGGAAGAUUUUCUGGAGGAAUCCUGGUGGAUUCCCAGGAUGAGUUCCUGGUGAAAGUUUUGGAAGAAUUCCUCAAGAAUUUUUGAAAGUAUUCAUGGAGGAUUCCCAAAAAACAAGAAAAAAUAACCGAAGAAACCUCAGGAGAAAUUUCUAGAGAAAUUGUAGGAAGAAUUUCUAUAAGAAGCCUAGUAAGAAAUCUUAGAGGAAUCCCAGGAGAAAUUUCUGGAAAAUCCCCCCGCAUUUUGUGAAUAAAUCGCAGGGAAAUUUUUAUGAAAUCCCUAGAGGAUUUCAUGGAAGAAUCCUUGGAAAAACUUUCGGAAGAUUUCAUGGAGGAAUACAUGGGAAAAUCCCUGGAGAAAUUCGUGGAGAAAUCUCUGGAAAAAAUCCUGAAGCAAUUCCUGAUGGAAUCUCAGGAGAAAUUCCUGGAAGCAAUUCAUUGAGCAAUUCAUAAAGGAAUCUCAGGAGAAAUCUCUGGAAAUUUUUUUGGAGGAAUUCCUAAAAAAAUCCUGAGGGUAUUCCUGGAGAAUUUCCUGGAAGAAUUUCUGAAGAAAGAUCCUAGAAGAUUUUCUGAAAAAAAAUCCUAUAGAAAUUGCUGACAUAAUUUCUAAAGGAUGUUUAGGGGCAAUUCCUGGAUCAAUUACUAGAGAAAUUGCUGAAGGAGUUCCUGAAGAAAUUCUUGGGGUAAUUCCUGGAAAAUUUCCUGAAGGAGUUUCUGGACAAAUUCCUGGAUUAAAUCUUGGAGGAAUCUUUGGAGGAAUUCUUGCAACUAUUACUGGAUGAGUUUCUGGGGAAACCUCUAGAGGAACUCUGGGCGAAAUUUCUGAAAAAUUCCCUGAGAAAUUCCUGGAGGAAUUUGUAGAAAAAUUUCUGGAGAAAUUCCUGGAGAAAGCCUCCAAGGAAUAUUUGAAGAAAUUCGUGGGGGAAAACUUGGAGAAAUGUCGGGGAAAAUCCCUGAAGAAGUUCCUGCAGAAAUUUAAAGCGGAAUUCCCAGAGGAAUCCCUGCAACGAUUCCUAGAGGAAAAUCUGGAAGAAUUCUUGGAGAAAUUACUAAAAAAAAUCUAGAAGGUAUUCCUAGAGAAAAUCCUGGACAAAUUUCUGAAGGAACCCCUGAAGGAUUUCCUAGAAAAAUUACUAGAUGAUUUGCUGACAUAAUUUAUGAUAGAAUUCCUUGAUUAAUUCCUGGUGAAAUUCCUAAAGGAAUCCCUGAAGAAAUUCCUGGAAGAAUCCCUGAAGAAAUACCUGGAGUAAUUCCUCGAGGAGACCCUGGAGAAAUCCCUGGAUGAAAUCCUGGAGGAAUGCCUGCAUGGAUUUCUGAAGGAAUCCUAGGAAGAAUUCCUGAAGCAAUUCCAGGAGAAAUUCCUGGAGGAGCUCCGGGGGGAUCCCUGCGAAAAUUCUGGAGGAGUCCCAGAAGCAAUUCCUGGAGGAAUAUCUAGUAGAAUUCCUGGAGGAAUUGCUGUAAAAGCUUCUGGAGAAAUCUCUGCAAGAAUCCAAGAAGGAAUCCCUGGAAGAAUGCGAGGAAAAUUUCCUGGAAGAAUGCCUAGGAGAAUUCUUGGAGGAUUCCCAGACGUAAUUCCCGGAGAAAUCUCUGGAUGAAUUCCUGUAGGAGUCUCUGGAAAAAAAUCCUUGGAGGAAUCCCUUGAAGAUUCCCUGGAUAAAUUUCUGUAGGAAUCCCUGGUGGAAUUUUUGGAAGAAUCCCGGAAGUAAUUGGCUUCUUUAGCGGUUUGAGAUAAUUCCAUAUUCAGAAUCUGCAUGCCAAACUGAGUCGAAAUCCAAAUUUUCAUGAAUUUUGGUGGUCGGGAACCUAUUUAAAAAUAAAUUUGAAAUUUGUAUGGGAGCGAUUUGUUGAAUCACCCCUCACCGCAUUUUGUACUGGACGGAGCUGUCAAGCAGUUGCCCAGCUGUCAAAAGGUGAUUUCAAAAAAUGUGAUUGAUGUGAAAUUGAUUUUAGGUUUCAAAAUAAAGUACUAAAAAUUAGAAAAAAAUCAUAGUGGCUCAGAAAAAGGUGUUCUUUCGUUUAAAAAUAAAAAAUCGAUGAUUUUUUUCUGAAUUUAAAAACCCAAUUACUGGAGGAAUAAUUAUCCAGAGAUUCCUGGAGGAAGUCCUGAAGGAAUGCAUUGAGGAAACCCUGAAGGGUUGUUGGAGGGAUCUCUGAAAAAAACUUGUAGGAAUUCUUAAAGGGAUCUCUGAAAGAAAUCCUAGAGGAAUGUCUGUAGGAAUCUUCAGAGGAACUCCUGGAGAAAUCUCCAGUGGAAUUUCUAGAGGAAUCUAGACUAGUCUAGUCUAGUCUACACAUACACAGCCAUCACUUGGAAGAAUCCUGGAAAAUGAUAGAAUCGACUACUUCCAGGCCCGGAUUAAGGAUUGUGGGGGCCCGGGGCCCGAGCGGAUGUGGAGGCCCUUCUGAGAGAUGACCAAAAAUGUUUUUCCUUAUUUUCGAACAGUACUUGAGCAAUAUGAAAAAUAAAGCUAAUGUUAGCAAGCAAAAAAGGUUUUUGUGGGGGCCCCAAAAAUGUGGGGGCCCGGGGCCCGGGCCCCCCCGGCCCCCCCCUUAGAUCCGGCCCUGACUACUUCCAUCAUUUUUCUUGUCAUUAUCAAUGCUUGCAGUGAAUCAAAGAUUCAUUACAAGUAUUGAAGCGGCCAGGCCUACUGUGAAGCGUCAUUGAAUAUUAAAUUAAAACCAUAGAACGGGGACAUCUCGUACCAACCGCUCCGUAUAGUAUGUUAUAUAAAAUGUAAGCAAAAACGUUGGGAGUGCCGUUGCUAAGAAAGUUAGUAUCACUCCCUUAGGCUCCUCUUCCUGGGAUGGGGCAUAGGAUUUUCCCCUUAUGCCCUGGCUCGAAACAAAGCCUAGGUUUAAGCGCCAUUGCUCGCUCUCUGAAACGAAAUAAAAAUAUGAUGAUCCCUUCCCCGCUUGUACCGAAAAACAAAUUGUAAGUGAUUGAAUUACGAAACGUUUACAGGCCCCAUACUAUCAACAUCAAGACAUCUCAAAGAAAUUAGAAAGAUCUCACCAAAUAAUCAAACGUCCGACGUCUUUUUCCAUACAGCGUGACACCUUUGACAGGUAUGAAGUAAACAAUGUUCAAUUUGUGGAAAAGGCAAUGAAUCCUCUAAAUUGCCCGUAAAUAGGCCCAUUGAGAAAUAGUUAACUUUGAUGAAAGGGAAACUACUGAAAAAGGAUAGAGGAGCAGAGGACGUCACAAAAUUCAAGAAAAACUGGGUCAACGUAUGCAAAACCAUCGUCGGAACGGUUGUCCAAAACCUUAUGAAGCACGCCAAGAAGAAAGUGCGAGAGGUGGCAAGUUCCACGAAAAAUUAUAUAUAUGUACAAUCAUGUCAUGGGCUUUUCUAACGGUCAAUGAACAAUGUAAUUGAAUUUAAUUAACAAAAUAAAUAAAACAUUUUAAAAUACAGCAAUUUUAAGGUGUACUCAUAAUUAACGAUACAGUCCUUAAGCGGAAAGACAAAUUUCGUUUUUCAGUGCUUAACGAUUCCUUAUCAUGUAACCUUCAAAACAUAGCACUAGAUUUUAUCGAGUUCUUUUUGUAGCUUAAGUAAUAAAGCUUUUAAUGCCAGUACUUCAAUGCGAACAUUUACCCCAUACUUGGGGCAAAAGUUCACACAUGAUAAAAGAUAGUUUAACAACAAAAAAAAAAGAGACACGGACACGUUCAAUGCUUCCAGUGAGUUUUUAAGCUCUUUGAAGGAAGCACUACACUAGACAAUUCAGAUCCCAUUGUGAUCCACUAGCCUCUGCCCAGCAACUCCUAUCCCUACCUCCACGCGGUACCGGCCGGAAACUAUGAGCAACCUUAGGGAAGAUCGGGUAACCAACCCCGGUGGGAACUUUGGUCGUAGGCUGACAGGGAAGGGGGGGGUUUGCUUCGGCAAACCUGAGCGUCUGUUCUCCAGGAGGAGCGGCUCACAACAGCGUCUGAUCCCCAUGUUAGGGGCGGCUGAUCUACGUCCGAGUGCCAGGGAAGGACUCUAAGCUCAACUGUGCACUAUGGUCCUCCGGAAAGUAGGGGGUUGGUGUCAGGCCCUACGAGCCAGCCGUAAAAAAACCAUUGUAACGGAAAAUCAGCAACAGAAUAAUACGAACCGAGACCAACGGCAACGACCCCAGCGAACAAAAAGGACUUGCGAUUGGAAACUCGGUACGUGGAACUGCCGAUCUCUCAACUUCAUUGGGAGCACCCGCAUACUCGCCGAUCUACUGAAGGACCGCGGGUUCGGCAUCGUAGCGCUGCAGGAGGUGUGUUGGACAGGAUCCAUGGUGCGAACGUUUAGAGGUAAUCAUACCAUCUACUAGAGCUGUGGCAACACAUGCGAGCUGGGAACAGCUUUCAUCGUGAUGGGUGAUAUGCAGAGGCGCGUGAUCGGUUGGUGGCCGAUCGACGAAAGAAUGUGCAGGUUGAGGAUCAAGGGCCGAUUCUUCAACUUCAGCAUAAUAAACGUGCACAGCCCACACACCGGAAGUACUGAUGAUGUCAAGGACGCAUUUUACGCGCAGCUCGAACGCGAGUACCACCGCUGCCCAAGCCACGACGUCAAGAUCAUCAUAGGAGAUUUGAACGUUCAGGUAGGCCACGAGGAGGAAUUCAGACCGACGAUUGGUAAGUUCAGCGCCCACCAGCAAACGAACGAAAACGGCCUACGACUGAUUGAUUUCGCCGCCUCCAAAAAUAUGGCCAUACGUAGCACCUUUUUCCAACACAGCCUCCCUUAUCGUUACACCUGGAGAUCACCACAGCAGACGGAAUCUCAAAUCGACCACGUUCUGAUUGACGGACGGCACUUCUCCGACAUUAUCGACGUCAGGACCUAUCGUGGCGCCAACAUCGACUCCGACCACUAUCUGGUGAUGGUCAAACUGCGCCCAAAACUCUCCGUCAUCAACAAUGUACGGUACCGGCGACCGCCACGGUACAACCUAGAGCGACUGAAGCAACCGGAUGUCGCCUCAGCAUACGCGCAGAAUCUCGAAGCCGCGUUGCCAGACGAGGGCGAGCUCGAUGAGGCCCCUCUAGAGGACUGCUGGAGUACAGUGAAAGCAGCCAUCAACGACGCAGCCGAGAGCACCAUCGGGUACGUGGAACGGAAUCGACGGAACGAAUGGUUCGACGAAGAGUGCAGAACGGUUUUGGAGGAGAAGAACGCAGCGAGGGCGGUAAUGCUGCAGCAAGGGACUCGACAGAACGUGGAACGUUACAAACAGAAGCGGAAACAGCAGACCCGCCUCUUUCGGGAGAAAAAGCGCCGCCUGGAAGAAGCGGAGUGUGAAGAAAUGGAACUGCUGUGCCGUUCCCAAGAAACACGGAAGUUCUAUCAGAAGCUCAACGCAUCCCGCAACGGCUUCGUGCCACGAGCCGAAAUAUGCAGGGAUAAAGACGGAGGCCUCUUGACGGACGGACGUGAGGUGAUCGAAAGGUGGAAGCAGCACUUCGAUCAGCACCUGAACGGCGUGGAGAACGUAGGCACGGGAGCCCAUGGCAACGGAAAGAACGACGACGCCAGUGCAGCGGAGGACGGAAAUGAACCAACUCCCACGCUGAGGGAAGUUAAGGAUGUCAUUCACCAGCUCAAAACCAACAAAGCAGCUGGUAAGGAUGGUAUCGCAGCUGAACUCAUCAAGAUGGGCCCAGAAAAGUUGGCCACCUGUCUGCAUCGGCUAAUAGUCAGGAUCUGGGAAACCGAACAGCUACCGGAGGAGUGGAAGGAAGGGGUAAUCUGCCCCAUUCACAAGAAAGGCGACCAUUUGGAAUGUGAGAACUUCAGGGCGAUCACUAUUUUGAAUGCUGCCUACAAAGUGCUAUCCCAGAUUAUCUUCCGUCGUCUGUCACCUAAAACGAAUGAGUUCGUGGGAAGUUAUCAAGCCGGCUUCAUCGACGGCCGGUCGACAACGGACCAGAUCUUUACCGUACGGCAAAUCCUCCAGAAAUGCCGUGAAUACCAGGUCCCAACGCACCACCCGUUCAUCGACUUCAAAGCGGCAUACGAUAGUAUCGACCGCGCAGAGCUAUGGAGAAUCAUGGACGAAAACGGCUUUCCUGGGAAGCUGACUAGACUGAUUAAAGCAACGAUGGACGGUGUGCAAAACUGCGUAAGAGUUUCGGAUGAACUAUCCAGUUCAUUCGUAUCUCGCCGGGGACUGCGACAAGGUGACGGACUCUCAUGUCUACUCUUCAACAUCGCGCUGGAAGGUGUGAUGCGACGAGCCGGGCUCAACAGCCGGGGAACGAUUUUCACAAAAUCCGGUCAAUUUGUGUGCUUUGCGGACGACAUGGACAUUAUCGCUAGAACAUUUGGAACGGUGGCAGAACUGUACACCCGCCUGAAACGCGAAGCAGCAAAGGUCGGACUGGUGGUGAAUGCCUCAAAAACAAAGUACAUGCUGGUAGGCGGAACCGAACACGACCGGAUCCGUUUGGGUAGUAAUGUUACGAUAGACGGGGAUACUUUCGAGGUGGUGGAGGAAUUCGUCUACCUCGGAUCCUUACUGACGGCUGACAACAACGUGAGCCGAGAAAUUUGGAGACGCAUCAUCAGCGGAAUUCGGGCCUACUACGGGCUCCAGAAGAAACUGCGGUCGAAAAAGAUUCACCCACGCACCAAAUGCACCAUGUACAAAACGCUAAUAAGACCGGUGAUCCUCUACGGGCACGAGACAUGGACCAUGCUCGAGGAGGACCUACAAGCACUCGGAGUUUUCGAGCGACGCGUGCUAAGAACGAUCUUCGGCGGUGUGCAGGAGAACGGUGUGUGGCGGAGAAGGAUGAACCACGAGCUCGCUGCACCUUACGGCGAACCCAGCAUCCAGAAGGUGGCCAAAGCCGGAAGGAUACGGUGGGCAGGGCAUGUUGCAAGAAUGCCGGACAACAACCCUGCAAAGCUGGUGUUUGCAACGGAUCCGGUUGGCACAAGAAGGCGUGGAGCGCAGAGAGCACGAUGGGCGGACCAGGUGGAGCGUGACUUGGCGAGCAUUGGGCGCGACCGAGGAUGGAGAGCGGCAGCCACAAACCGAGUAUUGUGGCGUACUAUUGUUGAUUAUGUCUUGUCUUAAUGAUGUUGAA